GUCAACAUGAUUCCUGGCUAUGAUGGGGCAAUAAGAGACGCUGACCACUGUGUGGAACUGGCCAAUUCUAUUGGUACAUGACUUUUUUUUUUUUAGAUCCACUCUUUUAAAACAGCAAUAUUACCUAUUUUGUCUUAGACAAAUAAAAUUCUGAGUGUACACCAAUUUCUUAAUUUUCCACUGAGACCAAAGAUUCUCACACUUUGGGUAGUCAACAACAAGACCGUUUCUGGGGGGGUCUCAAGAUUUUUUUGGAGAUGAAUUUUAAAUCAUGGGCAACAAUAUUACAUUGAACUGUAAGGAAACAUAGUUUAAGGGAGUGCACUGUUAAAGUUUUAUCACAAGGGGGUCACAAGUCUACUAAAGUUUGAGAACGACUGCUUAGGGCUACCGACUGAAUGUUUUAAGUUUGAGAAGCACUGCUGCAUAUCACUGUUGUGAUUUGUAUGAGCAAUACAAAAAUUUGGUUGCUACGAACGAUCUCCUCUGUUGCAGGGUACCCUGUGAUGAUCAAGGCCUCUGCGGGUGGAGGUGGGAAGGGCAUGAGAAUAGCCCAUAGUGAUGAGGAAGCCAGGUCAGAAAUGCAGAUUUGUUUUCAUGUCUAUUAGUGUUAUUGUUGUUGUGUUCAAACCCCAUUUUUAACUUUUAACAUUCAACUGUUUGAAAUAAAGGCUUAAUUUAAACAAAAAUUUAAAUAAUCUCUCCCCUGGGAGUCUAUAAAUAUAAGUGGCAAAAGUUUGAGUAUCGGUAUGUAAUAAAAACAAAUAUCAAUAAAUCAUGUCUUCUUUCUUGUAGGUCAGCUUUUCGUUUGUCCCAACAGGAAGCUAAAUCCAGCUUUGGAGAUGACUGAAUGCUGAUUGAAAAAUAUAUAGAACAUCCUCGACAUAUUGAGAUACAGGUGAGGUCGUUAUAAAAAUGAAAAACGGGUACUUUUAUUGAGAUACAGGUGAAGUUAUAAUAAAAAUAAAAAACAGGUCAAGUCAUUACAAAAUUAAUAUACAGGUAAAGUCAUUUCAAAGUUUAUAUAGAGGUAAAGUCCUUUUAUUGAUAUACAGGUUGUUAUGUAGCACACAUUCCCCGUGUGUGAACUUUGCUUGACCUAAAUUAGAUCCCUAGCAGAUGGUAGCGUUUGUUGUGGGCGUGGUUUAAAUUCUCUUUGAUGUAUCUUGUUUACAACCACUGCCAAUUACACAUUGGGUAGUAUGUCUCCUGGUAUCUUGUCGAAUCUUCUCGAUAACCCGAGAAAUGUAAACAACACGUCAUAAUUCUUUUCUGGAAGCGUCUUACGCUACAUGUAUAUAAGGGAUUGACAGAUACGGAGAGAUGGAGAUUCAGAUAGAUAUUUUUACCUUCACGAGAUGUUUAUCAUUCAUUGUGUGCUUAUAUGUGUUUAUUCACAUUGAUCAUUCAUCAUUAUUCAUUGGCACAUAGUACUAAUUGUGUACCGGUACAAGAUCUACCAUACUGUAAGUUGAUGAUUUGUCAUGAUAUUUCUUUUGUUUUGUAAUUACAUUAUUACUUAAUAAAUCUUAUUGUAAUUAGCAACUGUUUUGGGUGUCCUAUCUUUAAUAUUGUUGACUCUAUGGUAUCCUCCUUUGUUAGGCACUGUUUACAACGAGCCAAUUAAAAUUAAAAUAAGAGAUUAAUUUCUCACAAUAAAAGACAGUGCGUAACAAGGUAAAGUCAUCAAUAUUGAGAUACAUGUAAAGUCAUUAUUAUAUUGAUAAAUAGGUAAAGUAAUAAUAUUGAAUAUAUUUAUUGCAUGUUUGUUACCUUGUGUUGUAGGUCUUGUGUGACAAACAUGGUAAUAGUCUGUGGCUCAAUGAGAGAGAAUGUUCCAUUCAACGAAGAAACCAAAAAGUUAUUGAGGAAGCCCCUAGGUACGUAUAGACCCUGGGUUUAGCCUGGACUGCUCCGGUUUUGGGAAAGGCAAAGUUCAACUGGAUGUCACAUUGUCUUGUUAUUGGUUGAGAGCAAUGUCACAUUGUUUUGUGAUUUUAGAGCAAUGCCACGUUUUGUAAAUGAGUGAGAGAUAAUUGUAACAUUGUUUUGUGAUUAGUUGAGAGCAAUAUCAAAUUAUUUUGUGAUCGAUUGAGUGUAAUUGCAAAUAAUUCACUUUAUCUAUCAUCCAAUGGAUGAUCAUGUGGGUAGCUUGCCAGUUAUGUCAUCAUGAAUUCACUUUAUCUAUCAUCCAAUGGAUGAUCAUGUGGGUAGCUUGCCAGCUAUGUCAUCAUGAAUUCACUUUAUAUAUCAUCCAAUGGAUGAUCAUGUGGGUAGCUUGCCAGUUAUGUCAUCAUGAAUUCACUUUAUCUAUCAUCCAAUGGAUGAUCAUGUGGGUAGCUUGCCAGUUAUUUCAUCAUGAAUUCACUUUAUCUAUCAUCCAAUGGAUGAUCAUGUGGGUAGCUUGCCAGUUAUUUCAUCAUGAAUCCAAUGGAUGAUCAUGUGGACAACAUUUCUCAGAAUAAAUGUAAAAAAUGAGAUUGUUAACAUUGCAGUAAAAAAAAUAAAAACCAAAAACCAUUUUGAUAUCUGUUUGUUUAUAAGCACCUCUGGUUUUAUUGGUCUGACAUAUUGAAACUGGGUGGAUGUUGUAUAAGCACCUCUGGUUUUAUUGGUCUGACAUGUUGAGACUGGGUGGAUGUUGUAUAAGCACCUCUGGUUUUAUUGGUCUGACAUGUUGAGACUGGGUGGAUGUUUUAUAAGCACCUCUGGUUUUAUUGGUCUGACAUGUUGAGACUGGGUGGAUGUUGUAUAAGCACCUCUGGUUUUAUUGGUCUGACAUAUUGAAACUGGGUGGAUGUUGUACGUUUCAAAAGUUGACAUAUUUAAACUGGGUGGAUUUUGUAUGUUCAAGUUCUGACCACUCUUGUGUUUCUAGUGUGUUUUUGGACUCUGCGACUCGUCAGGCAAUGGGUGAACAGGCUUGCAGACUUGCUCACGCAGUGGGCUACGAUUCGGCAGGUAGGGGCAACAACUAUUAAAACUAUCAGCAAUGUGAUUACAAUUUUACAGCUGAACUUAAAUUAUAGUUAAAAUUUUAUAACAUUUUUUUAAAAUUAAUUCCAGGCACUGUAGAGUUUCUAGUGGACAAGAAUAAAAAUUUCUACUUUCUUGAGAUGAAUACCAGGCUGCAGGUGGAGCACCCUAUCACUGAGAUGAUCACAGGAGUGGACAUUGUCCACCAAAUGCUGAGAGUGGCUCAUGGCCACCCGCUUUUACACAAACAAUCAGACAUUCCCGUGGACGGUUGGGCCAUUGAAUGUCGUGUCUAUGCAGAGGUAAUGUCCCCACAGUUGGAGAUAGCUUGACUUCUGUUAUGCUCAUAUUUGUAUAGUCCCUGAAGAUCAGCUUGACUUCUGUUAUGCUCAUCGUUGUACAGUCCCUGAAGUCUCUUGUGUAAUUUUUAAAAUUUGUCACUUUGAUGUUCGCUCUCCACAGUAACUCAUUAUUCUAUAUCCCCUUUGAUUUUCUCGGCAUCUAGGAUCCCUAUAAAAGUUUUGGAAUGCCAUCUAUAGUUAUGUAGAGCCAACCCAUCUGAGUAAUGUAAGUGGCCAUCAUCUUGAUCAUAAGCCUACAAUUAUAGAAGAUGCUUACCUUUGAUUUUCAUAGUUUUUUUUUUUACAUAGCUUCAUCACAAUGCUCUAUAAGCUACCGUAACUUUUGAUAAACUCAAAGCUGUUUUGCUUUUAUCCCAGGAUACAUCUGGUCAUGUUCCAUCUGAAGCUAAUUAAACAUUACAAAAAAAAGUUUUAGUUUUGUGAGGUUUGUCAGAUGCAGAAGUAAAGUUAUAUUUGUUGUCAUGAAGAGAUGUUAUUGUAUUUUGACAGACUCGUUGCGACAGUGGCAUCAUGGAGGGAAGUGAAAUCAGCAUUUACUACGAUCCUAUGAUCUGUAAACUUGUAACCUAUGGAAGGGACAGGCAGUCCGCCAUGGAUACCAUGAUAACUGCCCUUGACUCUUAUGUCAUCAAAGGUGGGUCACUGUGAUUGACAGAGGUGAACAAUUUAUAUUUCCUUUGACAAAAACCAAAGUGCUAAAUAAUGUACUUUACCAAGGAACGUUAGACUUGUUUUUUUAGAGAAGAAUUGGGGAAGCAGCAGGGUGUAUAUGUGACAACAGACCCUGACAUUAAGGAUUUUAGCUGUGGGACACACUACACACCCGGACAUUAAGGAUUGUUAACUGUGUGACACACUACACACCCGGACAUUCAGGAUUGUUAACUUUGCGACACACUACACACCCAGACAUUAAGUAUUGACGAGAUGACACAUUACACACCCUGACAUUAAAGAUUGUUGACUGUGUGAUACACUGCACACCCUGGAGUUAAGGAUUUUUUACUGUGACACGCUACACACCUUGUGACAUUAAGGAUUGUUGACUAGAUGACACACUACACAAGCAGCCAUUAAGGAUUUUUGACUGACACACUACACACCUUGACAGUAGGGAUUGUUGACUGUGUGACACACUACACACCUCUAUUGUUGACUUGUUUCAGGUGUAACACACAACAUACCAUUAUUGAGGGAUAUUCUCACUGAAGAAAGGUUUGUGAGGGGAGACAUCAGCACCAACUUCCUGCCGGAGGUUUUCCCUGAUGGCUUCAAAGGUUCGCUAUGUUGGAGCUGCUGCCCUUUCUUGUUUUGUUAUUAUAUUUAAAAUAAAAUGACAAAAGUAUCACUUGAGAUCAUAAACUCAGUUCAGAUAUAAACUGUCCACUCAGUCCCAGGUGUCAAUAGAUAAUUUACUUGACUUGUCAGUUUAGUUAAUAAUCUCAGCUCACAUAUAACUUGUCGACCCAGUCACAGAUGUAAAUAUAUUUACCUUCAUCGACAGGUAAACAGCUAAAUAUAAGACAAAGCCAGGAGCUGACAGCAUUAGCAUGUGCAGUGUACCUCAAGGAUCAGCAGAGGUCAAGGACAUUCAUCAACCAAAAGAGGUUAGAGUCAAGGGUCUUUCUUACGAGACAUUCUAUAAAACAAAGCAAAAAAAUAUUUGAUAGUUUAUUUUACCUUUGCUAUCAUAUUGUUUCAUACACUUGUGUGACUGAAUUAAACCGGCUCUAGACAUAAACAAACAUUGGACUGGCUCAAUAAAAAAAACAUGCGAUUCAAUUUUCACUGAUGUCGACUGCUUUUUCUGUCCACCCCGCUUCCUCCCAGGAUUCCAUUAGUCGCCUCCUCCAAAAACACCUGGUCACUAAACACUCUAAUCAACAAGGUCCGCUUCCAUGCCCAGGUGACAAAGAUUCAAGAUGGCUACAAGGUAACUAUCAGGUGUUCAUAGAUUUGUGUGAAAAUGGAAAUUUUAACAUUUGUUUUAAAAUAAUUUGAAAUGAUCUCUCAUGUCCACCAACGAGGUUGUCAUAACUGCAGAUAUGUUUUAUAAUGAUUUGAGAUGAUCUCUUAUGUCCACCAACCAGGUUGUCAUAGCGACAGAUUUGUUUUAUAAUUCGAGAUUAUCUCGUGUCCACCAACCAGGUUGUCAUAGCGGGAGAUGUUUUUGAAGUCAAGGGAAAUCUUUCAUUUACUUCUCCCUUGAUGGACCUCACACUGAAUGGGGAGCAGAGGCUACUGCAGGUGAGUCAGUCAUCUCUCAAUGCUACUGUCAGAGGCUACUGCAGGUAAGUCAGUCAUCUCUCUAUCCUAGACUGUCGGAUGUUGCUUCAGAUGAGUCCAUUAUUGCUCUGAUCUAUCAGAAAAUGGUCAACAGCUCAUGAAAUACAUCAGCCAAUGUUAACUUCUCUUCAUUAAAUAAAGAAAGAAGAUAAACAUAUUCAUAGCUUUUUAUACAAAAGAGCGAGAAUAGCAGUAAACUUAAGAAGUUGCGUGGAUGGUUGCUAAUACUGCGAAGUGCAGAAUGUUACAGAGUAGGCAGGUGCUUACCGAAACUUGGGAGUAUGCUUAACCCUUUAACUGUCAAGUGCAUUUUUUCUGUGGGGUCAAGCCAUUUUUAGCCUUUUCAAUUGCUUUACAAAAAUAACAGAAUCACAUACUAAAUGAAUUCAGAGGCCCUUACAGGUGUGCAUUUUCUGAAAGUAAAUUGGACAAGUUAUUUUAUUAAGGCAUGAAAAGAAUUUGUUUUUUUAUACAAAGAGAGUAAAAUUGUACAACUCAACUUAUGCAUUCAAUCCAAGCUAAAUACUCCAUAAUUUGUUCAAUCUCUCAUAAAAUCAAAGUUUUUAAGAUACUAGGAGCAAUAUUCUUUUAGAAAAGUUAUAAAAUGUAAAGUUCUAUGUACUUACAUUGUAAUAAAAAAAUUAAAAAAAUUAGUUCAAAAAUUCUUACAAAUUUUUUUAAUAAUUAAUACUCCAGAACAUAACGCAAACGUCAGUUUCUUUGAAUCACUUUAGAAAAGUAUUUGGGAUUCAAUUUUUGUCUUUUCUCUUCGAUUUUCACCCAUUCCCAAAUGAAUAUGUCUGUAACAAUAUAACUAAGCUUAGGGGUAAAUUUGUUAUUAUAUGAUGACUCGUACGACAUAACUGCUUAAGUUUAUAUUGUCUAUGCUAACACAUCGCAUAUCUCUGUAAUCAUUGCUAUCAUUUUAAUCCAUUUGAAAUAAAUCCAAUGUAGUCUUAUGUUGAUUUUGAAAUCUAGAGUGGGACCCUCUCCAGCAACAAGCAAAUAGAAAUAUAAAUAGGGAUUAAAACCAUUGAUAUAGAGUGAUUUCUCCUUAACCAGCAAACAUUACAUCAUUAGCAUUUUUAAUGACUAUUUUGUCAACAGCCGAUUAUAUCAGAAAGGCAUUAUGACAAGCACAGGGUUUACAGCAUGUUAGUCAGAAAAUUGUUCUACAUAGUUUUCUUUGAGAAGCCAAUUAUUUAUAUUAUUAUUGUUGAUCAUUGUUUCAUCAUUGGCUGCUUUCAUCUUAAAGUUGGCUGAUUUAUUAAAUGAUUAAUUGUUCUUAUUUAAAUUUAAUGGAUGAUUAUUCUUAUUUUAUGGAGGAGUUCACUUGUUUAUUUGAAGGACUAGUUCAUGAAUUUUUAUUUCUUAUUUGGCAGAUCAACCAAAGACAUGGAGGUGGUAAAUACGAUCUACGUUUCCAUGGGACAGUGGUUAGUUUCAGUUAUCACAGUGACUGUUGUAAUUUUAAAUUAUUUAGUCAAUGCAUGGUUCUACUAUAAUGGUGAGAAGAUUCAAAGUUUGACCUCAAUAUAUAUAUAGACCUGGUCAUUUAAUGAUUUUGGAAUACAAUUAUUCGAUGUCUUAUAAGAUUUUACAACAAGACCUGUCAGAACUACGAUUUAAAAAGACUGAGUUAAUCAAAAUAUAUUUCUAUAAUUUUUAUAAUAAAGUAAAAUAAAAAUUUAAAAAAAGAGAACAUUUUAAAAUUUUAGGUUGUUAGUUUUUCCAGGGAAUGAACCAUGAAAUAUGAUUUGGUUGGGACCAUCCAUAAUUUUAUUAUAUUAGGUACACAAUGAGGUGGGAAGGGGGAUGGAGCUGACUUAAGAUUGUUCUGGUGUGCAUGGGAGGUGGUGUCUAAAUAUUUGUAUAGGCCAUAAAUUAGUGUAGUGGCCCUAGUGACAAAUUUAGUCAAAAUUUGUUUGUUUUUUUUGCUUAGUUGCUGCAUGGGGUAUAUUUGUGACAUAAUUACUUCAUUCUAAGGCUGGACUGCGGCGAUUGUGAAAAUGGAGAAAACUAUGUAUUUAAAAAAAAAAUGCAUUCUCAACUGCUCAGCACACUUGCCCUAGAUUUUUAAAUUUUUAAAAAUAUCUGGUAAGAGGCAUUUGUAAUCUAAAUUUUAGAAGUCUCUAACCAGCUGUACAAUUUUAAAACCACAGUUUGGUUGCAGCGCUCAUCUUCCUUACUUCCAAUAGAGCUUGUGGUAGUAAUUAGUCUAUAAUGUUAAUGGAAAAUGCAAUCUAACUGCUAGACUGAAUGCAGGGGUGGCCACCUGUGGUCCUUAAAUAUCGUGGCCCUCUGAGUUUAUCUCAAAUGAACUUGUUUCUUUAUUCAAUUAGCAAUUAUUUUCAUUUUUUGCACAAUCGCACAUUUGAAUUAUAAAUAUAUCACUUGUUUGUGACGCAACAAGCCAUUGCAGUGUACCGGCCCCUUUUUUGGACAGAUUUGAAAAUGGAUUGAAAUAAUCUUAAAUAUGCAAUGUAGUAACUGCUGAUACUAAAAUUAAAGGAUUUUGAAAAAGUAAAAUAGAUUAUUUUCCACAAACAUUUCUUGAAGUUAAUAUGAUGCAAAAUUAUAUUCAGGCAUACACCAAAGUGUAUCAUGCAUUAUGAAUUAGCAAAUUUUUUUGGGGAAGAGGGCAUUGGCAAGUGAUAUUUUUUAGACAUGGGAUGCAAAUUAAAUAGUAUUCUAUAAAAUAUUAUACUGUAUAUUUACUAUUACGAUAAGUAUUGUACAAUUUUGAGAUGGUAAAGAACUAUUCUGAAACAAUUUUGUACUAUUUUGGGAGUUUCAUGUCUGUAUUUAGCACCUUUGAAAUGGUAAAUAUUAUACUGUAUAUUUACUAUUACGAUAAGUAUUGUACAAUUUUGAGAUGGUAAAGAACUAUUCUGAAACAAUUUUGUACUAUUUUGGGAGUUUCAUGUCUGUAUUUAGCACCUUUGAAAUGGCUUCAAGUUUUGAUAAUUUUGAUUUUUAUUUCAAAGAAUUGAUAAAUGCAGCUAGUAAAAUAAGAGUUCUUAUGAAUACAGAAUAGUCGGUAAUAGUCAGCAAUAGUUUAAACUUCAAUUGAAUUGCCCCCCAGUAUCCUGUGAAAGUGUUGGAUGAUCUGGCCUUUGAGUUGAGUCAGUACAUGCUGGAGAAGAAAGUAGUGGACACCAGCACAUUGGUCAUGGCCCCUAUGCCAGGCAUGCUGAGAGGAGUCAAUGUGGCUGCUGGCGACAUGGUCAGUAUGUGUACAUAUUUAUAUACACAUUAUGUUCAUCAUAUCUAUCAUAUACUGAAUGUAUAUAUAUAUUAAUACGCAUAAUAUCUUCAGUACUAUAGACUCAGAAUUUGUCACUAUUUAAAAACAUACAAAAAUACAUACAAUUCAUGUAAAAUAUUUUUGACUAGAGUAAGUGGAAUACAGUCAAGUCAAUCUUGUACUUGCAUUUUCUUGUAGUACUGUGAUUUAUUAUAUUGUAACAAGUGAAUCUCAACAUUUUAUAAUUGGAAAUCUGUAUUUAUCCCUUGGUUGUAGAAUGAAAUUCUGUUUGUAUUUAGGUGGCUGAACACCAAGAAGUCUGUGUCCUCGAAGCAAUGAAGAUGCAGAAUAGUUUGGUCAGUGCCAAGGUUGGAAAGGUCAGUGUCCUCAUCAUAGCUGAGUGACAAUUGACAGACAAGAAAGUUGAUGCAAUGUCAAGGAUUUCAGUUGAAUCAGUUCCCAUAGGAAUUGAUCAUAAUUAAUGGCCAACCAGUUAUCUGAUUUCAUUCUUAUUGCAAUAGAUGUUAAGCUCUUGAAUAAGUCAAAGAAUCAAUUUGUAAGGUCCGCUGACUAGUUAUCUGGGCCAAUUCUUAUUGCACUUGGUGUGAAGUUCUUGAAUAAGUCAAAGAAUCGAUUUGUAAGGUCAGCUAACCAGUUAUCUGAGCCGAUUCUCAUUGCACCAGGUGUAAGACUCUUGAAUAAGCUAAAUAAUCAAUUCGUACAGUCAAUUUCAACUUACAAUGUGCUCUGUUUUGUAGGUGAAGAAAGUUUACUUCAAGACAGGGGAAACUGUGAAUGAAGGAGACAUCAUUGUGGAGUUGGAAUAAAAACAUGUUGUGGAGCAGAUGUGGCAGUGCAUUUGAUAUAAAUAGCUGUGUGCAGUUGUGGGACAGACUGACCUUGUUAGGAAAAGGGUCUAGUAGUAGUUGCUGCCUGAAGAAUGCCAUCAACUCGGUAAGGAAAAACCUCAAAUAGUUGAACUAAAGAUGUCUGCUUGAAAUAUCAGGGAAUAUCGAUUUGAAGUCUGCUUGUAAUUUGUAAUAUCAGGGAAUAUCUAUCUGAAGUCUGCUUGUAUAACAGGUAAUAUCUGACAUCUGCUUGUAAUAUCGGGUAAUAUCUGACAUCUGCUUGUAAUAUCAGGGAACACCUGACGUUUGCUAGUAAUAUCAGGGAACUGACAUGAGCUCAGAUUAUGACUGAAUAAUUAGCUUCUGAAAUUUGUCUAAUUUGCUUAAGCAGGGCAACAUAUAAAUGUAGACAUACAAUUUCUAUUUAUUUUUGUUUCAAACUUUUGUCAAUGGUCACAAAAUGGUAAUUUAUCCCAGUUAAAGAGGCUGUUAAUUUUUUAUUUUACUAUUUUGCUUUGAAGAAAAAACUUUAAAAAAAUUUCAGUUUGUUAUUGUAUAAAAAAAAUUCAUGAUGGAAUUUUCGUGUAUAUUUUAAGUUUAAAAAAAAUCUGUCCAAGUAAAAAUAAGGAUGGGUUUUUCUAACCAAUUAGAACUGUAGUUUCUAUCAGACUACUUUAUGGUGUUCAGGGUAGUGAGUAAUUCAUGCCUGCUUACCAUCAUCCUUAUUUCGGAUCAUUAGCCUUUUCACAAAAUGCAUAUUUACUUUUAAAUAGAGGGGAAAAGUAGGAAAUAUGUACACAAAAUUUGUUGACAACCGGCUCCACACUGAAUAUCUUCAUGUGUUGUUGAGCUGGCUCCACACUGAAUAUGUACACAUGUUGUUGAACUGGUAAGAAGUUUUUUUUUUUUAAUGGAAAGCCUUUAAUGUAUCAAAAUAAUUUGUAUGACAAAUUCUUCAUGUAUUUUGAUGAAUGUUUUGAGAUCUAAAAGGCUUGCACUGUUGGGGUGGUUGUUAAUUGCUCUAUUACCCGGUACUAAAUAUAAAUAACCAUUUUGAGCGUACUGUUGUAUAUAUAAUAUAGAAAACACAUACAUAUCUUUGGGUAAUAAAUAUACAUUUUGAAAUUCUUUAAAUUAAAUUAACGGUUGCCAUAAAUGAGGUAAAAGAUAUUACCGACAAAGAGAUUUGUAAUUUAAUAUUUUACUGUAGAUUUAUUUAAUGAAUGAAAUAUUAAUGUUAGUGAGAUAUGUAAUUGUAAUUUGAUAAAAUUGUUGAAGUGUGAUUUGUCUUUGUA